GCCGCACCAACACCAGCGCGGCGAUCCCACGCGCUGUGACAUCACGUGAACUCAACUCUCACCCUUUGGAAAUACAGACCUCUUCUCCACGGAUACCCUCUCUCUAUCUCUCUCUCUCUGCUUCGUUUUCUCUCAAACCACAAGAAGAAACGAUUAGUCAACAAGAAGCAACAAUCCAGCCAAAAAAAAAAAGAAAAACAAAAAGAAAAAAGAAAAAAGAAAAAUCGCUUCCGAAUCAAGCGUUGCCCACACCGCCAUGACUGAUCACCCCAGGCUGCAAAACCUGCGCAGUACGUCCCAGCUCUUCCGCGAGACGACGUCGUCUUUCGCCUCCAAUCUCCCCACAUUCCUCUUCCUCUCCCUCCUCCUCCUCUCCUUCCGGACCACCGUAGAGGAUGGCACGCGCCACGUCACCUCCUUUAUUGACCGCGAUCCUUCCCUCAAGGCUCUACUCUCCCGCCUCGACCUCGCCGGCACUCAAGCCCACCGCAACCCCGACGCCGCCCCCGCCGCAUCCCUCCGUCACCGACACGGCCACCGCCGCCGUCCUUUCCUCCAUCUUACCCGCGUCGGCACCUUGGACGACGAUUUCUUCUCCGGAGACGACCACGACGACGGCUCCCCCUUUGGCUCCACCCGCAAGGCCCCCCUCAAUGGCACCCUCGUGUUUCUUGGCGGUUUCAGCCCCAAAGUAGGGCUUUCGGAUCGCGUGGUCGACAACGGGAUCAACAUCCCCAAGAUCGUGCGCACGGGGAUUACAUUCAGAGCCGACAGCUUGAGCCUUUAUCUCUCCGACGAGGAAGACGACAAGAACGAUGAGCGAGAAGAGAACGAGACGAUUGGAUUGGAGGAGAAGGCUCAAGACUUGGACAGAGUGGUGGACUUCCAAUUCCUUAUCAGGGGACUAGAGCUCGGUCGCCGCGACACUGCAACGCUGCUCUUCCUUGUGAGUUUUCUAUCCGCCGCCUAUGGUUGGGUGAUUCUGGGGUUUCUCGUUACGUAUUCAUUGGUGUUAGGCAUUGUUUUCAUUACUGUUGUGAAUGAUCUGUUAGGGAGGUUCAGUUCAUUUCUUGGUACAGUGUGGGAGGGUUCAAGAUUGGGCCUCAAGAGGCUUUCGGGGUUUAUUUUGAUGAGAUGGGCGGUGAGAGAUGCACUAACUCAGCUCCUAGGGUUGUGGUAUUUUGGCGAAAUCGAAGAUCAGUACUCUUUUUUUAAGCUGUUUGUGAGAUUGAAGCUGAUGCCGUUUUCGAUUAUGUCUCCGUGGAUUAGGGGUUAUGAGAAGGAGAUUUCAGGGUUUCUGUUUACGUGGUUUUUGGCCGAUACAUUUGUGGCUUUUAUAUUUGCUGUGGAUGCUUGGGUUGCAAUAGUGGAUGCGAGGAGGAACGGGAGGGAGAUUAUGAAGGAAGGUUGUUAUUUGAUAUCGACGAUGUUGAACCAGGCUAUCCAGAUUAAGUGUUUGGAAGCUAUUUUCUGUGGGUCGUUUGUCAGAUGGGUUCUUGCUCGGUUCUGUGGAAGAUUUGUUGCCAUGGUGUUUCAGUCGGUUGUGGAGGUUUAUUUCAUGGUGGCUUGGUUGAUAUUUUACUUUGCCUCAAGGUCUAGGGAUGCUAGUUUGCAGGGGAGGAGGUUUGGGAGGAGAGAAUUAGAGGGCUUGAUUGAGGGCCUAAGAUGAUGCUCAAUGGUAAUCAGGUAACAUCUGAAGCUUUUUGGCUAAAGAAAGAAACUAAAGCAGCGCCUGCUUUAUUUUAAGCUUCCCCAUAUGGAGGAAUUUCAACGCUUUUCUGUUUAAAACCAUUGCCAGGUAUUCUUCUGAGCAUUUUAUCUUCGUUUUUGCUGUGAUUAUAAGAAUUGGUUGUCAAUCUCGAUUGCUUUUGUAACUUGAAACUCGGUUUCUGCUGCGUUUCCUUGUGUGGUUAGAACAUCACCUUCCAAGAAGUCCGACUCCAAAUAUAUUUGGCAUGGGAUGAAUAACUUGAAUUUGAGGGAAAAGGUUAGUGAUGCUUGACACGUCAGCGAAGGUUUGGGCAUAGGGUAGGACUUAAAUAAUUUGGAGGGUAAAAAGUAAUGUUGUGAGAGCACUCACAUCACAUCAACCUCUUUAACCUCUUUUGGUUUCUGUAAAUUUGUAUAAAACCCCCUAAAAUCUCCUUUUAGCAGCAUCCCUAAAUGUUACCUUAACUACCAUUCAGCUACAAUGGUACUACCUUAUAUUUGAUUGACACUAUAGCUCACCUUAUCCUUUCCUUAUUCAAAAAACAAAAAACAAAACAAAACAAUACAUCAUGUUUGCUAUGUUAACGACUAGCUUGGUUUUCCAACCUUCACUGACGAGGACUAGUGAAUGAUCGGGAUUGACUCGAAUUCACCUUGAAUACCCAAGCCCAUAGAGACACUAUUUCAGCGACUCCGUUUCCGACAAUGGCGAGUGUGUGAUGACGUGUCAAUAUUAUUGUUAGCAUUUUUGUUAUUAUUGUCAUUGUCGUUAUUGUUGUUGUUAUUGGUGGUGGUGGUGACGUCUUGGCGAUGGUCGAGAUGGUGGCUUUGAGGUCAAAUUUGUGGAUCUUUAAGAAGAAGACGUCUUCCUCUCUGGUCACGGAGGUGAUCUCGCAGAAGGCCAUGAUGAUGGUUUCUUGGCCGUCGACGUAGUUGUUUAGGUGGAUGUUGUUGUUGGGAUUGGGUUUUUGGCCUUCACUUUCAAUUGUAUUUGUUUGAGAGAGUGAGGUUUGAUUUUUGAACUUACCAUAGAAUUGCUUGGAGUUUGAGAGGGGUGUGGGUCCUUGUAGGGGUGAAAAUGCGGAUAUAGAUGCGGAUAAUAGCAAUAUCUGCAUCUGCAUCCAUAAAAUGCGAAUAAUGAUUUUUGAUAUCCGCAUCCGCCCGGUUAAUGCGGAUAAUAAAUGUGAA